AUGCACGAGAUCAUCACUGUCCAACUGGGCGAGAAGUCAAAUUAUCUGGCAACCCAUUUCUGGAAUGCGCAAGAAGCGUAUUUUACAUAUUCGGAUCAUGAACAGCCCAUGGUUGAUCAUGACAUCCAUUUCCGAUCAGGUUUGGGAGCCGAUGGUUCAGAGACAUUUACUCCCCGGACGGUCAUUUACGAUUUGAAGGGCGGCUUCGGUACGCUUCGCAAAUUUAAUGCUCUUUACGAGAUUCUAGAUGAUCAACCGACAAAUGGCGUCUGGGACGGUACGCCUUCCACACAGCAACAGCAGCCUAUUGAACCAUCCGAGUACCAAAGAAGCCUCGAGCUAGGCCUUCCCACCCGCCAACUUAGCGCUGCAGACGUGCGGUAUUGGUCCGAUUUCAAUCGUGUGUUCUAUCAUCCACGGUCCAUCGUGCAACUCAACGAGUAUGAAUUGAAUUCUCAGCUCAUGCCCUUUGAGAGCUGGGCGGCAGGUGAAGACUUAUUUCAGAGUCUUGACAAGGAAUUCGACCUGCUCGACCGUGAUAUCCGAUCGUUUGUGGAAGAAUGCGAUCAGAUGCAAGGCUUUCAGCUUUUCUCUGGCGUCGAUGAUGCCUGGGGCGGUUUUGCUGCGAGAUACCUUGAUAACUUAAGAGAUGAGUAUGGAAAGACCAGUAUAUGGGUCUGGGCUAUCGAAGACCAGUCCAGAACCACGAGGCAAAAACAGCUCUUGCGCACAUGUAAUGCUGCGAGAUCGCUGCGCUCGAUCGGCCAGCAGGCGUCCGCUUACGUACGACUUGCUGCCCCUCCUGCAAUCCUUCCAGGGUAUGUGCACCUCCGUGGUGCAUCAGACUGGCUCACAACCGCUCUGCUCUGCGCGGGUAUGGAGUCAUCCACCCUUCCGACCAGGCUCAAUGCUGGUCUUGGUAAGAGAGGGUCUCUGAGCCUGUUGGAGGACACUCUGAACGCCGCGGGUAACCAAUGCCUGUUCGAGCUUCAUGCGAGCAUCACUAGCUCAAUGACUGGAGCCAACGGCACCUUAAAUGGGGGUCCUGCAGAACAACAAAAUGGCCAUGGCGGAGGGGAGACGGCUGAUGCGGCAGAGCCAUCUCAGUUUGAUCUCGACUACAGCCCUGGACUUGCCAGUCCAUUGACGGCAAGGUCCUCUCAUGUUUUCGCCCAAGUUGAAUGCUUACGUGACCAUCUCGAGUCCGAGGUUCGCCCACUGACCCUGAGCCCCGAAGAGAGGCUUCGGAGGAGGCUCAACGAAGAAUCCGUAGUCGAAAUAUUCCAAACCGCACUACAGUUCCCUUUACUGGAUACGUUCCCCAACACACUCUUCCAGACCAGUCGACGAGGACAGCAAGGGUUGGAUAUAUCGACGGCUCUAGUGUGCGACUCAAGGAUGAAAGACCGGGUCCUGGACCUCCGAAACACAACAUCCCGCCUUGUGCCACUGGACGAAAGAGAGUCGCUAUAUAACGACCUCACACAAAUGGCCCAAAGCUACAGCAUUGGGUGGGAGUCUGGUACAGAUUCAGGAGCGGACGAUGAGUGA